AUGGUUGUUCCAGUGAUGGUUGCUCCAGUGAUGGUGGUUUCUGCCCCUCUUGGGCUGAUCUCUCCUGCCGCGUUCAUGUCUGGAGAGGUUGCAACCUUGCUACACGAGUCCAAGCAGAAGCCGUAUCUGACACCCUUCAGCAAUGUCCCUGGUACCUAUGGUCCUUUUAUGGUGCCCUACACCCCUAGCCGCCCCGCCACGUACAAUGACCGCGUCGACCGCGGUGGACUGCGUGAUGUUCCGGGUCUCGACAACCGCCGUGCCUCCUACUCCACGACCGCGACUGAGUCCACUCCCGGUACUCCCUUCUUCGGAGCCACAUCGGACCGUCACAACAUUCCUCGCGUCAUCUCCGCGGACCGCUCCAGCUACACCACUCCUUCCCCCCAGCAGUUUGCUGUAUCUGGAGUCAUUGGUCCUGUCACUACCAAGGGCAAGCGUGUCGCCGAGGCUGAGCUGCAGGCUCUUGUUGAGCAGGACCCUCCCAUCCCUGCUGCCGUUCCAGCCGUCUUCACUACGCCUGAGCAGCGCAAGACUCUUGAGCAGUGCCUCGAGAACCGCAUCGAGGGAAACAAAAACGUCUAUAUCCGCGGCCUGCACCCUACCACCGAUGAUGAUCUGCUGUCCAAGUAUGCUGCCCGUUUCGGAGAGGUUGAGCAGAGCAAAGCCAUCAUUGACACGGCUACGGGAGCCUGCAAGGGCUUCGGUUUUGCCAAAUUCAAGGACGUCCGUGACUCGGAGAAGUGCAUCCAGGGUUUCUACCUCCUCGGCUACGAGGUCGGUUUUGCUCGGGAGAGCUUCAAUGCCCGACUGAAGGCUGAGGGUGAUGAGGGCUCUACCAAUCUCUACAUUUCCAAUCUUCCAAAGUCGAUCACCGAGGCUCAACUGGUUGCCAUCUUCGAGCCCUACCAGAUCCUGUCCAGCAAGAUCCUGCGCGACAGCAUGGGCAAUAGCCGCGGUGUCGGAUUCGCUCGUUUCGAGUCUCGUGACGUUUGUGAGGAGAUCAUCAAGCGCUUUCACGGCCAGGCCAUCGGUGAUGAGUGCUUCCUAAUGCAGGUCCGCUAUGCCGACACUCCUGCCCAGAAGGAGUUGAAGCGUAUCACUGCCGAGCGCCGCCAGUACCGUACCAACGAGUACAAUAUCGGUGCCUACGGAACCAUGGCUGUUGGUAUUAGCCCCUCGAUCUACAACACGCAGGGAAAUUGGAACCGUUCUCCCCGCUUCUCUGAGCAGGGUACGGGUCCCACUUCCUCCAAUGAUGGAUCUGCCGAUGAGGGCAUGACGGUCGCUGGCACCCCCACCGACCGCAAGUCUCACUCGUCUCCCAUCACCAAGAAGGAGGCUGCCUAG